GCCAGCCAGCGGCUGCACCCUCGAGCAAACCAGCCCCUUCCAAACCAACAGGUAGGUAAGCUCUGAUUUAUGCUCCUCCAAAAUGUUCAAAAUGGAACUGAGUGGGAGGGUCCUCCUUCUCAAGACUAUUGAAUUGCUCCUGAGCUUUGAAGAGAGACACUUUUGGAAGCGAGGGGAGGCGAGGCGAGGUGUGGCACCUCACCCUCCUAAACAAAUUGUGAAAGAAAUGAAGAUUGUUUGAGGAGGAGAAUGUGAGAAAAGACCAUAGAAAUGUUAUCGCAAGUGCAUCUUUCCUUCCUUCCUCCCUUCCUCCCUUCCUUCCUUCCUUCCUUCCUUCCUUAGUCAACUGUGUGCAUGUGAACUCAUCCGACUUUUCGGUGUGCUCUCGCAAAUUCUCCCGCCUGUGCUGAGUUCCGGUUUUUGGUGUAGAGGACAGAGGCAGGUGAGGAAAGUCACAGGUGAACAGCUUCGGGGAACUGAGGAAGCUACACAUUCUUUGCGUGUGCAUACAUGUUGCCGUUGCUGCCUUUUUAUUAUGCUCUAAAAGUCUUUACUGUCUACGCACGCCUUUUGCUGUGCUUUUCUAUCUGAAAGGCCUUCUCGAGUUUUUGGAGCAAAAAUGAGAGACGACAACAAUUGAAGAGUUUUUACUCCACCGAACUUGAGACCUUGAAUUCCUUUAGAUCAUUUUCUUUCUUUAUUCACCCUCCCCAUUGCAUGCUUCAUUAUAUAGGCCACAAUCACGGUCGGUUCAUGAUUUAGUCAACCUCAGGUUUUAGAUAUUCCAUUUCCAAAUCCGCCUUGGCUAUUUGGCGUUGGAGAUGGACUUUUUACAGCUUCUUGGCUGACAAAAAAGAACAAAGCAGCAGUCAGCAUUUGGAGCUCAGUCCAUUUGCACGUAAACUAAGAGGAUUUCUUAUGUUGCUGUAUUGAUUUGAGCUACUUGGCUCAUCAUCUACCUCGUUGUCCGCCUGAAGUGCAUGCUUAUGUCAUUUCUGUGAGUAGUAUAGAAUAAACACGUCUAACUAUAAAAAUGUUACAAUUAUUUUCCAUUUCCAAUUUCGCGGACCACAUGCAGUACCGCCACGGACCACUAUAGGGCCGCGAACCCUGUGUUGGCAAACUUCAUAAACUAAUAGUAUUGCAAAAAAUAAAACCAAUUAAGGCAUUGAUAGACAAAGUAAUUCCUAGGUUACUAAAGAAAGCAUUACAAGAUACCGUAAAAUAGGUAAAUAAGAGGGGGGAAAAGAAAAAAUGCUCAUUUGGUUAACAUGACGUCCCUGCUUUGUACGUCAUUGUGUUCUUAGGGUCGGCUAUUCGUCUCUUUUGUCUUCAUAUCGCGGCCUUUGCAUUUUCGUCUCUUUCCUCUACUCCCCUAUGAACAAGCUGGUUGAUGAAACUGCGUUCGGUUUAUGGAUGGAUGGAUGGAUGGAUGGAUGGGGUGGGUCGUAAAUCGUUCUUGUAAUGAUUCGGCUGAUGUUGAACGUGAAAGGGGUUCCCUCUCAUGCAAUUGCGUUCAAUCCGAUUUCCCGUGAACGCCACAAGACAGACGCGCAUCCUGCUUCCGUCAUGACGCCGAGUGACGUCAAGGCGUUCGUCCAAUCAGAUGGAGAUCCCCAAGCUCCGUAAAGAAGCAGACGAUAUGGCAGCUUCGAAAGCGACCAGGUGGAACUUGCUUUGUUACCACGACUAAAGCAUUGGUAAUGAUUAGCAUUGAACGGAGAGAGGCCAACGAGAUAGCUGCUCGAAAUGAUUUACUUAAUCCUAAUUUCGGCUUUGUCUGGAGCAGUCGUUACAUUGAUUUUGCAGUUCUUGUUGAUCUACCGGAGGAGCCCAGAGCCUAUCGGGAGGAGCGAGCAGUACGCCAAAGUAGUGCUUGAUAACGCAUUGAAGGAUUACUUGAAUUGCCAGCAUGUCGAUCCGGGCCAUCUGCAGCAGCAGCAGCAGCAGCAGCAGCAGCAGCAGCAGCAGCAGCAGCCGCAGCCGCCGCCGCCGCUGCUGCAGGACAGCACAGCCUCUGCUGGUUGCAAGUCGCAAGAGGCCCCCCCAACCAGACAGCAGGAAGCAGUGACCAGUGGCAGCCCCAAACAACAACAACAACAACAACAACCACCACCACCACCACAGUCGGCGCCACCGCCGCACGGCGACUCUGUUGAUGCGGACAAGGCCGAAACGUGUCAUUUCCUCAAUGCUAUCUUUUUAUUCCUGUUCAGGGAGCUGCGGGACACUCCCGUCGUUCGACACUGGCUCACCAAAAAGAUCAAGGUAGAGUUUGAGGAGCUGCUGCAAACCAAGACAGCAGGUCGGCUGCUAGAGGGACUUAGCUUACGAGAUAUUUCCUUAGGUAAUUCGCUUCCGGUUUUCAACACGGCCAAACUCAUAAAGCCGGUGCAUAUGAACGAGGACGGCAUGCCGGAGGAACUCAACUUUGAGGUGGACAUUGAGUACAACGGCGGCUUCCACCUUGCUAUUGACGUGGACUUGGUGUUUUGGAAGUCCGCCUACCUGUUCGUUAAAAUGAGGCGCGUGGUGGGCAAACUCAGGCUGCAGUUCACCCGCGUGCCCUUCACCCACUGGUCCUUCACCUUCCUCGAGGACCCACUGGUGGACUUUGAGGUCAAGUCCCAGUUUGAAGGCAGGCCUCUUCCUCAGCUCACCUCCAUCAUCGUCAACCAACUCAAACGGGUCAUCAAAAAGAAGCACACACUACCCAACUACAAAAUCAGAUACAAGCCUUUCUUCCCAUUCCAAGUGCAGCCAAGUCUGGGCUCGACCUCUGACUUUGAAUUGUCAGUCCAGGACAGCAGACUCGUGGAAGGCCGUCUCAAAGUUACUCUUAUUGAAUGUAGCAGACUCUUCAUCCUGGGCUCAUAUGAGCGAGAAACCUCUGUUCACUGCACUCUGGAGCUGAGCAGCCACCAGUGGAAGGAGAAGACCCGAAGCUCCAUUAAACGAACGGAGGUCAUCAAGGGUCCAUGUGGCAGCGUGGGAAUGACAUUCAGGCACGUGCCUGCCACCGAGGGAGAUGUGGUCCACGUAAGCAUCGAGACAGUGACACCCAACUCCCCUGCAGCCUUGGCAGACUUGCAGCGAGGCGAUCGCCUCAUCGCAAUCGGAGGUGUCAAAGUGACAUCGUCAGUUCAAGUCCCCAAGCUUCUGAAGCAGGCCGGAGACAGGGUGGUGGUACUGUACGAGAGGCCGGUGCGCCAGCAGAAUCCGUCCCUCGGAACUCUUCAGGAGGGAUUCGGGCAGUCGGACGAAGCGGCCUUUAUAUCCCAGCCAGGGGGUUACGAAGAAGACCCGGCCCCCAUCACCACUCUGUCUGAUAUGACUGACAGUAAAGACAUGGACUCUGAAUUUGAAGAGUUGAUUGUGGAAUCCAAAGCCAGCCCGAAUGUUGGCCCCACCAGCACCAGCGAGGAUGGUUUACUCGCGGUCAACCAAAGCCCCAAAAAAAGCGUGGCCAACUUGGCUUCCAAACCUCUCGGGAGCAUCUCGCCCAUCCUUAACCGGAAGCUAAACCUGGUGGGCCUCCAAUCGCCGCUAAAGCCCCAACCGAAAGAAUCGCCAAAGCCCUCCCGACAGAAGACGAGCAACGAUUCAGGAGACGCUUUGCAGCGUCCCACAGUAGCGCCGCCGCCGCCGCCGCCAUCUCGUCCCCCGGUGCCACCCAGACCUCAAAUCCGGUUGUCAGAAAGCGCCGUUUGCGAUAGUCUCGAUCCGACUGCAACGCCCGCAGCAUCCGCUCUCAGCGCUUCUGACAAGUCUCCCGAAAACGUUCUUCUGCCAGGCGCCGAGGACGACGUGGCCGGCGCCGAGAAGACGAGCGUCAAAGCGGCCGAAGGCAAGUGCAGCAAGCCUUCCGAGGCCACCGACGAUAUUGCCGUCUCGUCCUCGGCUAAGGACAAAGUUUCCGAGGGUUCCUGCAGCGCACGGGACAGCCUGGAAGAGCGCUCCUUCUGGGAAUCCCCGGAAAGCACCUUUCGGAAGCAGACGGCGCGUUGGUCCAAGGCCUCUGUUGUGUUUGAGGUGGACAGCAACCACAAGUACCUUAACGUGGCUCUUUGGUGUAAAGAUCCCUUUAAGCUGGGCAGUUUGUUGUGCCUGGGUCACGUCAGCCUCCAGCUGGAGCACGUGGCCCUUGAAUGUAUGGCAACGUCUUCAGCAGAAUACCAGAGCACAUUUAAGCUGGGGCCUCCGGAGCCUCGAGCCAAUGUCAGCCGCACAGCCCUCCGCAGCCUCAGCACCCACAAAGGCUUCAAUGAGAAGUUGUGCUACGGAGACGUUACUUUAAAUUUCUGUUACCUGGCGGCGGACGAGUUGGACUCUCCCGGAGCGGCAGAGAGGGAGCGGCAGGGGAGCUUCCACGACGAAGAGAUCAGGGAGCGCGAACAUAUCACGGCGGCCCCACGUGACGACUUGGCCUACGGUGCCAUGCAGCUGGUGGAGGUUCGACACAAUUUCCAGGACACCCAGUUCCAAAACCCCACCUGGUGUGAAUAUUGCAAGAAGAAGGUUUGGACCAAGGCGGCCUCCCAGUGCAUGAUCUGCGCCUACGUUUGCCACAAGAAAUGCCAGGAAAAAUGCCUGGCUGAAAACCCCUUCUGCGUGGCAGCCACCGAACGGCGAGGGGCUGACCCUGAGGCCAAGUCCUCCAUUAAUCGGGCCACCAGCGGCUUAACCCGCCAUAUUAUCAACACCAGCUCCCGCCUUCUUAACCUACGCCAGGGCCCCAAGACGCGCCAGGUGGAGCAGGUGAGCGACGCGGCGCCCGGAGGAGCGGUGGAUCCUUCCCCCAAACACACUCCCAACACCUCCGACAACGAGAGCAGCGAUACCGAGACCUACACCGGUGGGGCCAGCCCCUCCAAGCAACUCCAAGCCGGCGGCGGCGGCACCGGCGCCGGCGGCAAACUCGUUCGCAAGGAGGGCGGCUUGGACGACAGCGUCUUCAUCGCCGUCAAAGAAAUAGGCCGCGACCUCUACCGAGGUUUGCCCACAGAUGAGCGCUCCCAAAAACUGGAGUUGAUGCUGGACAAGCUGCAGCAGGAAAUCGAUCAGGAGUUGGAGCACAACAACGCUCUCUUGAUGGAGGAGAGGGAGAGCGCCGACCCCAGGCGUAAGGUGCUCAUCGGUUCGGCGCUUUCCAAGUCGGGCGAAAGGCUCCAGGCGCUCACUCUGCUGAUGAUUCACUACCGCGCCGGCAUCGAAGACUUGGAGUCGGUGGAGAGCACCUCUCCGUCGGAGCAACCGUGUUUUAAGGGCAAAGGAGAUGGCUUGGAGGAGGAGGCGGCGGCCCUGAUGGGAGCAGAGGUCUAUGACAGUGACAUGUGCAGCCCAGGGGACUUGCAACUCUUGGACGACAUCACUGAGGAGCAGAUCUGCGUGGAGGCGCUCCACUAGAAAAAUGGAGGCUGUACCACCGUCCAUUGUUGUUCCUUACAUCUCACCAAAUACACGACGGAGUUUCCUCCCUCCCUCCCUCCCUCCCUCCCUCCCUCCCUCUGGAUACGUGGUUGCACCUGUCUCUCGACUUAAGCUUUGAAAGGGAAACACUGUUGUUGUUGUGUUGUUGCUUUUGCAUUUGAUAUUCUUCAUUCAAGAUAUUUUUCUGAUGAUCCAGUGUGUUUGUAAAACUUUGCCCUUCUCAGUAAUAUUUUCACAUGGCGCUAUUUUUACGUGCAAUGAAAAUAAAUACUAGCUCAGUAGUCAUUUACUGUAAAGGUCAAAAUGACUCGCGUGGGGGGGGGGGGACGUUUUUUGCGAACACUGCAGUCAAGCUUUCUUACGUUUUUGUUUGAAGCACUUUUAAAUGCGGAUCUUUUAAUAUUCAGAAAUGACUCCCGGGAUUCUAGCAGCUCCAAAAUGAUUGGGAUGAAUAGGAUGUUUUGUUUAUCACCUCAGCCAAACAAGUUUCAGAUAGACCAUUUUACAGGUGUCAUUGUCCUCUUAAUAGUUGAAAUCAAUUCUUUAAAUCUCAUAAAUGUGAUGAGGAAUUUGGUGAAUUUUGAUCAUUUUUGUUUUUCUUAUCUUGAUUUCCAAAUUCUAUUUGACCCAUCUUUGGACUUUUUUUCUUUUCCAUGUCUUUGUUUAGCAUUUGUGCGCGAGGAAAUAUAAUUGUACUUUAAAAACUUUAACUCUGUGAUGUCGUACAUGCCAUCUGCCUUCACGAGUGGUGUGGGUGCCCAAUGUUUCUCAUAUUGCUUAUUAUUAUGAUUAUUUUAAAGAUGCUUUUUUUUUUUUGUCACCACCCACUCCAUUAUUUGCAGGCAUUGAGCAUUAGUCUUCAGGCCUAACUAGCUAUCAGCUCCUUAAAUGUUAUCUUCUUACUUUUCUCGAAUGCUGCCUGAAGAGCCACUUCAGACAAAUCAAGUCAAUCUUUAGCACAAAACCAUUUUUUAUUUGUGUUCUUGCCAACCUAGUGCCACUUCAAAUCUCCACAAAUAGUUGGAUUGUACCAUUAGAUUGAAAUGUUUGAUUGGUUGGUUGGUUAGGCCUGGGUGUGGGUUGCUAAAUGUUUCAUACAAUUGUAGCCCAAAUGACUUCGGCACAAAAUUAGCCUCUGGCUGAAACGCUGAACAGAAACCGGGUUGAGAGUUUGUUGAAAUCAAAGCCCAUAUGAACAAGCUGCUAAAUUCAAGUCCGUUGAUUUGAUCGGACGUCACCUUUGAGCCAGAGCCGUGUUCGCUCUUUGUCAAGAUGACUUGAAGUCCAAUUGUAAGUAGGUCGAUAGUUGCAGGUCAUUGAUCUGGCCUACGCAUGAAGAAAUAUUCCUUGUUGUCGUUGAUCACAUCUCUGAUUCAUAUUUUUAAAGCAAAGCAAAGCAAAGCAGAACCAAAACAGAGGUGCUUAACACGACAUGGACAAUCAAAGGUCGCUAAGGCAGGCGGACGACCGCUCUCGCAUAUCACCACCGCCCAAUCAUCUCCGCCCGUAAACUACCAUUGAGAGCAUUUCUUUUGGCUUUUGACUUCAAUCGUUGUGAGGAAAUGGUGUGAAAAGGGUGCAUCUUUUGGGAUUCGCAGUAGGUGGUGUUCAAGGUCACACGUAAUCAUUCCGAGCUCUCAGUGACAAACACAUAGCUAGACGGAUCGAUUCAAUGAAGUAUGAGGGUGACAUUUGAAGAGAGGAAAGAAGUCAUGAUAAUGUUCAGUCAGUCAAAGUAUGAAUGCGAUUUUUCUCUGGAGAUCUCUCAACUAGUCAUUGGCUCAUACUUGGAGCCCAAGGAACCUUUCUGCUUUUGUUUUUCUCGUGGUCAUUUUCACUCGUGAGCUCCAUGCCAUCCGAGAAACAAUGGCAGCAUGGCUGGCGCUGCUGGAAAGGAAGGCACGGGUAUUGGAAAGCACCCUUUGAAUGUUUUCGUAUUGCAACAGGCAUUUUUCUGGUCACGCUCAUGUAGACUGGCUGAAUGACAUGUCUCCGUCUAUUCAUGUUUUGUGCAAUAUUCCUUUGUUGGACAUGACUAUCAUUUCUUGCCAUUAAGUACUACGUGUAGCCGUCCGUCUAAACAAGACUUUCCCACUGUAAAAGUCACUUUUAGGCCUGCCUAGGUUUGCGUUUUGCCGGCUGCGGCUGCGGCUGCGGUUACGUUAUGUGAUUGAUGGACCACUGUUUGUACUGAUACUGAUUUGCUUGAGCCCAUCGCAGCUUUUCAGCAGGUGUGCUCUUCAUAUGGUAGGUAGGUGGGUAGCGAGGUGGAGCUGUUGUGCACACUUUUCCUAAAGGUUCAUGUAAUGAAGCUUUGUUGUACUUAACCUAAAUAAACAAGCUUGACUUCA